GAGGGGGAUGGAAAGUUUCCUGGGGUUGGGACGGUCGCCGGUUUCCUGCUCCGUACCGGUGGGCAACGCGGCCUCGUCGCCGCCGCCGUGCCGGGGGUCCCUGAGCUGUGCCAUGCUGCCCACCCCCCAACCUUCACCGGGGGCUUCGCCGGCUGCUUCCCCCCACGCUUCCCCCCGCAAUUCCCCCGUCCUCUUCAGGAAGCUCCUGAUGAACCAGAGCAUCCGCCUGCAGCGGCGCUUCACCGUGGCGCAUCCCCUCUGCUUCGACCUGGAGAAUGGCCCCCCCGGGCGGGGUGCUCUGGACCCCCAGUCCAGCCCAGGCGCGGGGCUGGUCCUCCAGGGCACCUUCUCCCAUGGCCAGCGCCGCGAGUCCUUCCUCUACCGCUCCGACAGCGACUACGACCUGUCCCCAAAAGCCAUGUCCCGCAACUCCUCCAUCGCCAGCGACCUGCAUGGAGAAGACAUGAUCGUCACGCCGUUCGCCCAGGUCCUGGCCAGCCUCCGCACCGUCCGCAGCAACCUGACCCACCUCCAGGACCGCGCCGGCAUCAAGCGAGGAUCGAGCAGCAGCCUGCCCUCCGGGAGCAAGGCCAGCCUCACCGAGGAUGCCCACCAGAAGCUCUCGCGGGAGACCCUGGAGGAGCUGGACUGGUGCCUGGACCAGCUGGAGACGCUGCAGACCAGGCACUCGGUCAGCGAGAUGGCCUCCAACAAGUUCAAAAGGAUGCUGAACCGGGAGCUGACGCACCUCUCAGAGACCAGUCGCUCGGGGAACCAGGUCUCCGAGUACAUCUCCAGCACCUUCCUGGACAAGCAGCAUGAGGUGGAGAUCCCCCCGGCGCUGGCCAAGGACAAGGAGAAGGAGCGGAGGAAGCGUCCCAUGUCCCAGAUCAGCGGCGUCAGGAAGCUCACGCACGGCUCCAGCCUCGCCGCCGCCGGCAUCCCCCGCUUCGGGGUGCGGACGGACCAGGAGGGGCUCUUGGCCAAGGAGCUGGAGGACACCAACAAGUGGGGGCUCAACGUGUUUAAAGUCGCUGAGUACUCGGGCAACCGCCCGCUGACGGUCAUCAUGUACAGCAUCUUCCAGGAGCGUGACCUGAUGAAGACCUUCCGCAUCCCUGUCAACACCUUCAUCACCUACAUGCUGACUCUGGAGGACCACUACCACGCCGACGUGGCCUACCACAACAGCAUCCACGCUGCCGACGUGGCUCAGUCCACCCAUGUCCUUCUCUCCACGCCCGCGCUGGAGGCUGUUUUCACGGAUCUGGAGAUCAUGGCUGCCAUCUUCGCCAGUGCCAUCCAUGAUGUUGACCACCCGGGUGUCUCCAACCAGUUCCUCAUCAACACCAACUCAGAGCUGGCGCUGAUGUACAACGAUGCCUCGGUGCUGGAGAACCACCACCUGGCCGUGGGCUUCAAGCUUCUCCAGGAGGAGAACUGUGACAUCUUCCAGAACCUGAGCAAGAAGCAGAGGCAGUCACUCCGCAAAAUGGCCAUCGACAUGGUGCUGGCCACGGACAUGUCCAAGCACAUGAAUCUGCUGGCGGAUUUGAAAACCAUGGUGGAGACCAAGAAGGUGACCAGCCUGGGCGUGCUGCUGCUGGACAACUACUCCGACCGGAUCCAGGUCCUGCAGAACAUGGUGCACUGUGCUGACCUCAGCAACCCCACGAAGCCGCUGGAGCUCUAUCGGCAAUGGACCGACCGCAUCAUGGUGGAGUUCUUCCACCAAGGCGACCGGGAGCGGGAGAAGGGGAUGGAGAUCAGCCCCAUGUGCGACAAGCACACUGCCUCGGUGGAGAAGUCCCAGGUGGGCUUCAUUGACUUCAUCGCCCACCCGUUGUGGGAGACGUGGGCCGACCUGGUGCACCCCGAUGCCCAAGAGCUCCUGGACACGCUGGAGGACAACCGGGAAUGGUACCAGAGCAUGAUCCCGCGCAGCCCAUCCCCACCACCUGAGGGACCCGGGGUGUCCCCUGCUGCCACCGACAAGUUCCAGUUUGAGCUGACGUUGGAGGAGGAGGAGGAGGGUGAGUCGGACACGGAGCUGGAGGGAGCUGAGAGCCCCUUGGACGAGGACAACAGCGGCUCCAAGACACCAGCCACAGAUGACUCAGAGUUGGCCGACACCGAGCGCCUGUCACCCGGCCCCGGGGACCAGGACUCGCCUGUCACCCGCCCCAGGGACGUGGACAACCGGCAGGCGCUGGAGGGGACGCUACCGAAGGAUGGAAGUGGUGGUGGACGCUCGGUGCCGGGGCCCGAGGGCAGCCACGAGCUGUGCCUGGACACGGAGGGCAACGUCACAUUCCUGCCCCUGGGCACGUAGCGGCACCGGCCGGUGGGUCCCCUUGCUGCCGUGGGGACGUGGGACUGGGCACUGCCCCGGCAAAUGCUGGGGACAGUGGAGAGCUGGCAGUGGAGAGCACUGGCACCACAGGGACCUGGGUGGCCACCGGGACACGGAGGGACCCAAAGCGUGUCUCCAUGCAGGAGCUGAGCAGGUCCUGAUAGGCACAAGGAUGCUGCUUGCCCUCCUCCAGUGACUGUCCCCUCUCCCGCCCGGUGUCCCCAUGUACAGAUGGUGGGAAAGGUCCUUAUCCCCUUGUGAUGGGGCUCAGGGACACCAUGCUCCUGCCCCAUCCCAGCCCUGGGGACGUCAUGCCCCACAGGGCUCCGGGAAGAGGUUCCCCAUGGGGGGCCAGGCACAGCCAAAAGCAUUUCGGUGUCUCUCCGGGUGACCCCUGGGCAGAACAGCCGCCCCACGGCGGUGCUGGUGACAGUCCCCAGCACGUGGGACCUCAACGCGGCCAACGCACCGGGUCACGGCACGGGCACGAGUCGGUGAUUUAUUUAUUUGGGGAUGAGUUCACUUUUUAAAGCCUUUUGUAGCUCACUUUUUAAUACGAGCCUCACCUUGGCGCACACUCACACACGCGUUCCGGUGGCAGAAAGCCGCGUUUCUGCCCUGUUCUGAUCAGCACCCAAAAUGCUGCAUUUGUAUUUUGCACUUGGGGUCCCCGGUGGGUGGCCGUGACCCCGUGUCACCGCAGGGACCGGGGCAGCCCCCGGGGGUCCUCUCGGUUUCUUCCUUUCACCUUCCAGAGAUUAAACCUGGUUUGUU